AUGUCAAAGGUUAUCCGCAGCGUCAAAAAUGUAACCAAGGGCUACUCAUCCGUCCAGGUGAAGGUCCGGAACGCGACCAGUAAUGAUCCAUGGGGACCGACAGGGACGGAGAUGAGCGAAAUCGCUCAAAUGACCUUCAAUUCGUCGAACGAGUUCUACGAGAUAAUGGAUAUGCUAGACAAACGGUUGAAUGAUAAAGGAAAGAAUUGGCGGCACGUUUUGAAAGCUCUCAAGGUCCUAGAUUACUGCCUUCACGAGGGAUCCGAACUGGUGGUCACUUGGGCACACAAGAAUGUCUACAUCAUCAAGACCUUAAGGGAAUUCCAGUAUAUCGAUGAAGACGGCCGUGACGUUGGACAGAAUGUUCGAGUUUCUGCAAAGGAGCUAACAUCACUUAUCCUUGACGAAGAGAGACUGCGUGCGGAGCGUAGUGACCGUAGGAACUGGAAGUCAAGAGUGACUGGCAUCGAUGAAUACCAGCCUCAGCCUCACCAUGACCAAUCCCGAAGCCGACCAACACGUCCUCACCGAGCUCAACGCGCCGACGAAGAAGAUGCCGAGUACAAGCUUGCUAUUGAGGCUAGCAAGUACCAGGAGGAGGAAGAUCGUAAGAGGCGCCAGAGCCGGAAUGGAGAGCCUGACGAUGAUGAUCUGGCAAAGGCCAUCAAGUUGAGCAAGGAAGAGGAAGAGCUACGGAGGCGAGAGCUGGAGGAGCAAAAUGCUGCGUCUCUUUUUGAUGACGACCCUAUUCAAACUGCUCAGCCUACGGGAUUCAACCAAGGAUAUCAGCAGCAAACACAGGUGGACUGGGCUGGCAAUCCGAUUGACGCCAAUAUGCAGCAGCAGCAACAGACCGGCUACUUGGGAACCAUGUACAACGGGAGCUUCCAACAGCCACAGCCAACCGGCUACCAGAAUGGAUACUUAACCGGGUUCGCAGCUCAACCUACUGGCUUCGAUCCAUAUGCGCAACAGCAGCAAUUGCAGCCACAGCAAACCAGCUUCAAUCCCUACGGCCAGCAGACCCAAUUCCAACAACAACAACCCCAGCAGCAACCGCCUGAACUUGUCGUUCCCGCCAACACGAACAACCCGUGGGCGACCAACACUCAACCCAUGGCUCUCAAGCCAACACCAACUGGCUCAAACAACCCCUUUGCAAGCGGCUUUGCUCGUCCUCAAACAGCACAAGCUUCUAAGCCAUCUCUCGCAACACUCCAAGAGCAACAGACUGCCACCUUCAACAAAACCAACUCUUACAACCCAAUCACCUCGUUUCAAGCCCCACCGAAAGAGCAAGAUCCGCAUCACGCCCGACUUAAUCAACUACUCUCAAGUGGUGAUGGGAUGGACACCUUCGGUAACACUGGUGAAAUGCGAAUCCCGGCGCAGCAUACCGCACCAGGCACAUUUGUCAACAGUGCUGGUGCAGGACUGGGAAGACUUACUGGUCAACAGACAGGUACCAACCCAUUCCUACAGACCCAAUACACCGGAAUGCCACAAACACAAUACGCUGCUGCUGGAUACCAAGUUCCGGCGGCUACUGGUCCCGCUGGUAUGUCGAAUGGUUUCGGUGGUGGAUACGGCUCCCAGCAAAGCCCAAACCCCUUUGGUCAAAAACCGCAACAGAACAAUGGGCAGGGAGGGGGCGACUUAAUACAGUUCUAG